AUGACAGAACAGGAGAAGCUGAACGAAAGUAUGCGGCUUAGUACGAUAAAUUUAACCACCAAGGAAAUGGUUGCCUCCCAGUUGGUGUACGUGAAGAAACUCUGCAAGCUGCUGGACAUGCCAACGGUCGAAAGUGACGACAGCUGCGACAGCAGGCGCCAGGACAUCGUUUGGACCGGUGACAACCAUGAAACUCAGUCGAACCACAGCGACGGAUCAGGAUCGAGCGGCUCCAACUCAACCAACAACGACACCCGGUCGAUAUUGCGCUUCGAGAACUCACUUCAAACCAAUCCUCUCAAACGGUACAACGCGGCAAUUACAGACGCAGAGGCUCGUGAUAAAAUUUCGCUUUUUUACCACAAAAGCAUGGCACGCCAGUUCCCAACCAAGGAGCGUACCCCGGAGCAGAUGGAGAUGCGUCGACGCAACACGGAAGCGGCACGUGUCAGUAGGACCAAGGUGAAGAUGGCGGAGCUCCUGACGCAGGAUGAAGCGAAUGAGCUGAGCACAACGAAUGCAACCUACAAGCAGAUGAUCGCAUCGCAGUUGGUAUAUGCGAAUGAGCUUUCCAAGCGACUGGACAUGCGAGCGGUGGAACUGAACAUUUUCGAACGAGUUGGGCGAAGGACUAGUUAUAUGGCAUAA